AUGGUAGUAAAUGGUGGUCGCCGACCAGUUGCUAAACCACACGAACGAUCUCCUCCCACAAAUAGGAUAACCAAAAUCGCUUCCCUUAAAAGGUUCCCCGAUAAAGAGUACGCCAACUCAAUCCUUCACGAUGUAGCCAAAUUGGUGGCGCCCAUAAUGCAUGAGAAUAACUUCGAAGUUGGACUACUUUGUGAGAUGUUUCCCAAAAGUCCCAACCUUCUAGGGCUUAAUAUAAAUAUGGGUCAGAAGAUCAUGCUUCGACUUCGACAUCAUUCUAACUCCAAACUGUUUUUACCCAUGUCUGAUAUAGUUGGUACCAUGCUCCAUGAGCUAACACAUAACAUUCAUGGUCCUCAUAAUGAUAAGUUCUACAAGUUCCUUGACAAGAUUAAAGAGCGGUUUGAGGAAAUCCAGUACAAUCCCAGUCUGGUUACUGGGUAUGUGUGUGAAGAGAAUAAAUUGGGGAGAGGGAACACUCUUUUCAGAGACUAUAAGAGCAUUCGAGAUAAGCGGAUUGAGGCGUUGGGAAAGGCCAAGUACAAAUCGGAAUUUCGGAAGUUAGGAGGUAACAGUAAAACUGGUGAACCUCGAAUGGAUCCAAAGUCCUUGAGACUAAGGGCCCUAGAGGCAGCUGAACAGCGGUUAAGAGACUCAAAGUCGUGCAACUCAAAGGAACAAACCCAAGCAGAGCCGGAAGAUGAUGAGCUAGAAAUUGUCGAUGUCGACUCCCUUCAAGGCUUGAUCAGGCCAAGAGACAUCUCGAGACUAACGGGUGCAAAGGGCAGUAUAGCCAACUCCACAUCUGGCCCGUCAAACUUGGUUCAGACUCAAACUAGAUCGGAUAUCGAAGUUAUUGAUUUGACUUCAGACACCCCUGAGGCAGCACUGGAUUCCCAGAUCAGAGAUCAAGAUGUUGUUGUUCUUGACUAGAAAUGCUGUACGAGAUGAAAGUUAUG